CAGAGAAUCCAAUUAAGUCUGUCCCAAUGGGAGUGGAAAUAAGCAAUGGAGCAGAAGCUCCAAAUGUUGCAGUUAUCUUUGGAGCAACUGGGCUAGUAGGCAAGGAACUUGUCAAGAAGCUGCUCUCAAAAUCUAGGUGGAAGGUUUAUGGCAUAGCCAGAAAACCUGAAAUCAAGCCCACCCAAAAUCCCAAUUACCAUUUAAUCUCAUGUGACCUCCUCAACCCUUUAGAAACCCAGCAAAGGCUGUCUUCUCUCCAAGAAGUAACUCACCUUUUCUGGGUCACAUGGGCAAGCCAAUUCCCCUUGGACAGCCAAGAAUGCUAUGAGCAGAACAAGGCCAUGCUGUCCAAUGCCUUGAAUGCCAUCCUCCCAAGAACCAAUUCGCUGAAGCAUUUGUCCCUCCAGACGGGGGCUCAUCAUUAUGUGUCGUUGCAAGGCCCUUCCAGCGGAAAAGAAGUUCGUUUCUACCAUGAAGACAGUCCCAGAGCGAGUGGAGAUUUCAACUUCUACUACGCCUUGGAGGACUUGGCGAAGGAGAGGUUAGGGGGAAAAGUGGCGUGGUCGGUCCACAGGCCUGGUGUGAUAAUGGGGAAUUCAACUAGGACUGUGUUCAAUUUUAUGGGCAGUUUGUGCAUAUACGGUACUAUUUGCAAGUACUUGAAUCUUCCUUUCGUGUUUGGAGGGACAAGGGAGUGCUGGGAAGAGACGUAUAUUGACGGAUCGGAUGCUGGGUUAGUGGCAGAACAGCACAUUUGGGCUGCUACUAAUGAGGAGACAUAUUCAACCGAUGGUCAGGCCUUCAAUGCGAUCAACGGGCCGAGUUUGAUGUGGAAGGACAUAUGGCCAGCCAUUGGCUUGAAAUUCGGGUUGGAAACGCCAACAGACAUGUUUUCCCCAGAUUUUGUCUUCUCGGCGGAGUUGUCUGACAAGGCGGGCGUCUGGGAGGAGAUUGUGGAGAGGGAGGGGCUGGUCCAGACCGCGAUGGAGGAUUUGGCGAACUGGGGAUUCCUGGACAUGCUGUUCCGGUGCCCGGUGAAAAUGCUGGGGAGUCGAGAGAAAGCCGACCGGAUGGGGUGCGCAUUGAGAUGCGAUACGUUGAAUUCCGUGAUGCAUUGGAUUGAUAACAUGAGAGAAGAGAAGCUGAUUCCGUGAAACUGAAGUUUGACUUGGGAGCUAGGGAGAAGAGAGGGAAGAAGAUCCGUUUUGACUGCGAUGUUUUAGUUUUAAGGAAUGUUGAGGCCUUGUUCCCUACAUUGUUGUCCCCUUAUUUUACUCAUCUUGUAUUCAAGUAGCAGAAAGACUAAGUUGUGUUCUGUCCUCCUUUUCCCAAAUCCUGCCUUUUUUUAUGCUGAAGUAGGGGAGUUUAUUUUGACUUUAUCUUUAGCCUUAUGUUACUCUUUGUCCUGUAACUUUUCAAGUAUUUGAAUAGGUAAUCUGGACUAUCGAUUUUCAAAUUC